AUGUCUGCACCUCCAGCUGCAACGAUUAUCAUCUCGGUUCUAGUGGCGCUGCUGCUCGUCGUGCUCUUCGCGCUCGGCAUCAAGAUGCUGCUCGACCGAUCGAAAGCAGCCCGCUCAGAAGACACGGUCGCACCCGAAAAGGCCACCACCGUUAUCACCACUCCCCGCAGCCUCAGCAGCGCGCGGAUGAAGCCCCGGCAAGGCGCAGUCCACGUGGUGGGCGGAACGGACGACGACGAGGAUGCGGAGAUUCCGCGCGCGCGGGCGGAGAAGUGGUCGCUGGCGGACGUGGCGGAGGCCACGGCGCAGUUCGCGCAGGAGCGCGUGAUCGAGGCGGAGGGGCAGAGCGUGGUGCUGCGCGGGAUCGCGCGCGACGGGCGGGACGUGGCGGUCAAGCGGUGCAAGCAGCCGCAGCCCGAGACCCAGGCGCUGUUUCUCCGAGAGGUGCGCUGGCUCUGGAGGCGCGUGAUUUGGGUGAUGGGUGGCGGUCUUGCCGCGGGUGGGGGGUUGCUUCUAAGCGUGCUUCUGCGUGGCGGUCAAGCGGUGCAAGCAGCCGCAGCCCGAGACCCAGGCGCUGUUUCUCCGCGAGGUGCGCUGCUGGUGGAGAAUCUGGCCUCCACGGGGAAUCUAGCCUUUAGUCCCCUGAAUUCUCAGAGGGAUGGGCUUCCACGCCUCGCUUCCUUGCGUCCUGGCUCUCUGCCUUCCUGGCUGCACCCUCUUGUGAUGCUGAUCACGAGUGUGCGCCACCCCAGCCUGCUCCCCCUUGUGGGCAACUGCGACGAGGAAGCAGAUACUCAUUUUCGAGCACAUGCAGCGCGGCUCCUAAACCCUCUUGCGUACAUUCCCGCCCUCCCUCCCCUUCCCCCCUGCCAGGUGAUGCUCAUCACGAGUCUGCGCCACCCCAAUCUCCUCCCGCUCGUGGGCUACUGCGACGAGGGCAGCGAGCAGAUCCUCAUAUUCGAGCACAUGCAGCACGGCUCGCUCGCUUCCUGGCUGCGCCCGCGUGCAGACGGCAAUGUGUCAAGACCGCCACUCACGUUUGAGCAGCGCGUGAGGAUCGCUGCUGACGUGGCACGCGCUGUGGAGUUCCUGCACUCGCAGCCCAAGCCAGUGGUGCACCGUGACAUCAAGACCCAAACCAUCCUGCUGGACGAGAAAUUCAAUGCGAAGCUGGGGGGGUUGGGGACGCGCAAGCAUCUGCCAGGGGAGUCGAGCCGAGUGCGCGUGCAGCGGAGGAAGGGGUACCUGGAUCCCGAAUACUGCCAAACCUUCGUCGUCACUACCAAGGCCGAGAUCUUUGCGUGA